CAAACGUGGGGGGUAGUUCGCUAUCCAUAUGAUGGGAAAUCUCUUCUCUAUUUCCCACGGUUGGCCAACCAUCCUCGGCUUUCCUUAUCUUGAUUUUGGUAUCAAUCUCGGCCGAUUUCCGACCAUUGGGAAUCCCUCAUCAUUAGCCCCGAUGGCGUUAACCGGGCUUGCUCGCAGAUGCACCAUGCUAGGGCACACCAAGGGGAACUGGUCUCUUUGAGAAGAAGACUAUCCCUUCUCUUAUAAGACUCAUGAUUCCUCUGCUUUCCUUGUUGUGUGUUUGCCAUUACUUGCUGUCAAUCCCCAGUCUACAAAAUGCAGGCGCUCGUUCAAUUGCCUCGGGCCUUCCCCGCAAUUCCCCGCACGGGAGUAGUGACCCAUCGCUGCUUGGGCUCCAGUCUUCUCACACGGUCUAGGACGAUCCGCUGGAGCAGCAACUUGACUUCGAGCCAAGUCGAGAGUCCUUCUAGCAAAUCUGAUGGCUCAGGGUCCUCGAGCAGCCCGAAAUCAUCGGGCUCCGGCUCCCUGAGCAGCACGCUUCUGUUCUCCGCACUAGCUGCUGGGGCCGGCUACGCAUAUGCUGUCGCCUCGAACAAAUCGCAGUCAAAGCAGCCUCAGUACGGUUCGGCAAGAGACUUUGAGAAGGCCAUUGCCGAUUUGCGAGUCGCACUAGGCGAGGAUACCAUCAGCACUGACGAAGACGACCUGCAACGCCAUGGGUUCUCCGAGUGGUCCAGUAUCAAUGCAGACCGUCUGCCUGUCGCGAUUGCCUACCCAAACAAUACUGAGGAUGUCUCCAAGAUCGCCGAGAUCUGCCACAAGUACCGCAUGCCAAUGGUUCCUUAUUCCGGCGGCUCUAGUCUUGAGGCCAAUUUUUCAGCCCCUUACGGAGGAUUGACUAUAGAUUUUGCUUCGAUGAACAACAUUCUCGAGUUGCAUGAAUCCGACAUGGACGUUGUGGUUCAACCCUCCAUUCAGUGGAUGGAUCUCAACGAGAAAAUCAAGGACAGUGGCCUCUUCUUCCCUGUUGACCCCGGCCCGUCUGCAAUGAUCGGUGGCAUGGUUGGCACGAACUGCAGUGGAACAAAUGCCGUGAGAUAUGGAACUAUGAAAGACUGGGUUAUCAACCUCACAGUUGUCCUUGCCGAUGGUCGAAUCAUCAAGACACGUCGCCGUCCGCGCAAGACCUCGGCAGGCUAUAAUUUAACUGGCAUGUUCGUAGGCUCUGAGGGGACCCUUGGUAUUGUGACGGAAGCCACCCUCAAACUAGCUCCCAUUCCAGAGCAGACGAGGGUGGGUGUCGUGACCUUCCCAACAGUGCGCGAUGCUGCGUCGACUGCCAUGCAGCUUAUUCGGCAAGGUAUCCAGGUGCAGUGUGUGGAAAUCUUGGAUGAGGUCCAAAUGGAUGUGAUCAACCGCGCUGGUGGUACUGGGCGGAAAUGGAAAGUCUUGCCCACUCUAUUCUUCAAAUUUUCUGGCACCAAGGCCGGUGUUGCCGACAGCAUCAAUUUGACUACUAAGCUAGCUAAGAGAAACAAUGCCAGCUCCUUCGAAUUUGCACGGGACGAGCGCGAGGCUCACGACCUGUGGUCAGCGCGGAAGCAAUCGCUUUGGAGCAUGCUGUCUUUGCGGGAGAAGGGUUCGGAAGUGUGGUCUACAGACGUUUCGGUGCCGAUCUCAAGACUGCCCGAUAUAAUUGAGAUCUCCAAAAAGGAACUAGACGAUCUUGGAAUGUUUGCUAGCAUUCUCGGACACAUUGGUGAUGGAAACUUCCAUGCAAGUAUUCUGUACGAUCGCAGCGAUCCCAAAGAACUGGAGCGAGUCGAGAAGGUGGUGCACGAUAUGGUCGAUCGGGCCCUGGAGAUGGAGGGUUCAUGCACUGGCGAGCAUGGUGUUGGUCUGGGCAAGAAGAGCUCUCUGAAGAAAGAACUUGGCCCAGACACGAUAGAUGUAAUGCGUUCUAUCAAGCAAUCACUGGAUCCACAUUGGCUGCUCAACCCAGGGAAGAUCUUUGAUUUUGAACGGAAAGCAUAAUAUGCAUUUCGGACCACGGGAGUCUUGAUGCGAGAAGCAAACUGUUGACAAGUUGCCAGUGUACCUGUAUGAAGAAUUCAUCUCUGACAGUUCAAGUGGCUACUCCAGUGUCCAUCAGAUACCUAGACUAAGUGUUAAGUAAAUUAUCGCUGCAUCAUAUUUAUUCGAUGAGCGCGCGAGCUUUUCGUC